AUGCCGGCAACUCUCCGCGAGCAGCGGCAGCGCUGCCGCUGCUCGCGGAGAGGUCCGCGAAGCCUGGGCGCGCUGAUCUCAGCGCGCCCAGGCUUCGGCAUGCCGGCAACUCUCCGCGAGCAGCGGCAGCGCUGCCGCUGCUCGCGGAGAGGUCCGCGGAAGCCUGGGCGCGCUGAUCUCAGCGCGCGCAGGCUCGGCAUGCCGGCAGCUCUCCGCGAGCAGCGGCAGCGCUGCCGCUGCUCGCGGAGAGGUCCGCGAAGCCUGGGCGCGCUGAUCUCAGCGCGCCCAGGCUCCGGCAUGCCGGCAACUCUCCGCGAGCAGCGGCAGCGCUGCCGCUGCUCGCGGAGAGGUCCGCGAAGCCUGGGCGCGCUGAUCUCAGCGCGCCCAGGCUUCGGCAUGCCGGCAACUCUCCGCGAGCAGCGUGCAGCGCUGCCGCUGCUCGCGGAGAGGUCCGCGAAGCCUGGGCGCGCUGAUCUCAGCGCGCCCAGGCUCCGGCAUGCCGGCAACUCUCCGCGAGCAGCGGCAGCGCUGCCGCUGCUCGCGGAGAGGUCCGCGAAGCCUGGGCGCGCUGAUCUCAGCGCGCGCAGGCUUCGGCAUGCCGGCAACUCUCCGCGAGCAGCGGCAGCGCUGCCGCUGCUCGCGGAGAGGUCCGCGAGCCUGGGCGCGCUGAUCUCAGCGCGCCCAGGCUUCGGCAUGCCGGCAACUCUCCGCGAGCAGCGGCAGCGCUGCCGCUGCUCGCGGAGAGGUCCGCGAGCCUGGGCGCGCUGA